CGGCGCUCUUAAGUGGCCAAAAAGCAGCGCCCGCGGUUGAACAUGGCGGAGGACGCCGCGGAGGCGCGGAGCUCGCGGGGGCGUGCUGAUGGCGAGGAUGCUGGCCCCUCCGAGAACGAGCCGCCCGAAACAGCGAGGGAUGAUCAGGAGCAGUUCGAGUGCCAGGAACUCCUCGAGUGCCAGAUUGAGAUGGGGGCUCCCGAGGAAGAGGAGGACGCGGGCCUGGUGGCGGAGGCCGAGGCCGUCGCUGCUGGCUGGAUGCUCGAUUUCCUCUGCCUCUCCCUUUGCCGGGCCUUCCGCGACGGCCGCUCGGAGGACUUCCUCCGGACCCGUGACAGCGCGGAGGCUAUUAUUCAUGGAUUAUCCAGUCUAACCGCUUAUCAACUGCGAACUAUACAAAUAUGUCAGUUUUUGACAAGAAUUGCAGCAGGAAAAACCCUUGAUGCACAGUUUGAAACUGAUGACCGAAUUACACCCUUGGAAUCAGCCCUGAUGGUUUGGGCUUCAGUUGAAAAGGAACAUGACAAACUUCAUGAAGAAAUACAAAAUUUAAUUAAAAUUCAGGCUAUAGCUAUUUGUAUGGAAAAUGGCGAUUUUAAGGAAGCAGAAGAAGUCUUUGGAAGAGUAUUUGGUGACUCAGACUCUAACACGUCUUUACACAGGAAAUUACGUAUGAUAAUCUCUCAGAAAGACACAUUUCAUUCCUUUUUUCAACACUUCAGCUACGACCACAUGAUGGAGAAAAUUAAGAGUUUUGUGAAUUAUGUGCUCAAUGAAAAAUCAUCAGGCUUUCUAAUGAAGGCAGCAGCAAAAGUAGUGGAAAGUAAAAGAGCAAGAACAAUUUCUCAAGAUAAAGCUGAUGGUAGUGAUACAGACUUGGAAACUGAAGCCAAUUUGGAUAUAGGAAAAAGUGUUAAUGAUACACUGUCUACGGAGGGGACAGUAUCCUUACUGAGGUCUCACAAGAAUCUCUUCUUAUCGAACUCGCAACGGGAAAGCCACCAAGAUUUGAAUGAGAGAGAACCAAGAGCAGAAACGCAUCCAAAUAAAAGAAAUACAGAAGAAAAUAGUAGACAAGCCACUGAAAGCAAGAGAAAGCAUGUUUUAAACCAUCAGCGAGAAACUUCUAAAAAUCAUCGAUCUAGAAAAAAACAGGCAUGGCUUUGGGAAGAAGAUAGGAAUCUGAGAUCUGGCGUGAGGAAAUACGGAGAGGGAAACUGGUCUAAAAUACUAUCACAUUAUAAAUUCAACAAUCGAACAAGUGUCAUGUUAAAAGACAGAUGGAGGACUAUGAAGAAACUGAAACUGAUUUGCUCAGACAGUGAAGACUGAUGUGUUUGUAAAAAGCCUGGUAAAAGGACAGUUACAUAUUUUGAUCAUUGUGUUUUGUUUGAAACUUGGUGGUCUUUGGUGUAUCUUAAAAUUGUUAUUGAAAGCAUUAUAGUACUUUUCUGUGGCACAGUCAUUUAAUGAACAGAGGACUUGUGCUAUAAGAGUAAGAUGAUAUGCCAUCAUUAUAUUCUUUAAGAACCUUGUUUACUUUCAUGAAAUGUAGAUUUCUUGAACCCUGAUGCUUUCAGUACCUCUACCUCCAACUCCUGUACCAAUAAAAACGUGAAAACCUGGUAAGAGUAAAACUAUAUUUCUCUUAACCUAUUCUUAGGUUCAUAGGCUGACUUCAACUCCACAGCACACACAUAAAAGUAAUGUUUCUAAAUCAAUGAAUGGUAAUAGGCCUUUAACAUAAGAAGUAAUGAUUUAUGGCCUUGAUGUAUGAAAUUAUUAAAACAUUUGUUUAUAAAAUGAUAAAUGUACAAAGUAAUCUUUGAGUUUUAACAUACUUAAAUUUUCCUUUCAGUAGUUUCAUGUAAAGGAGAAUAAUAGAAAUACCUCUAGGACAAAAUUUGUGCUAUCACCAAGAAUCACUUUAUGUCACAUUUAGGUCCAUUUGACCUUUGUUCCAGUGUUAAAACCUUGUCAAAGAUGGUUUUAAAUAAAGCUUUAUAACCUGGUGCCAUAAAUAUCAUCUUCUUUGACAUUUUUAACAUAUCAACAGUGUACUUAAAUGGUCUGUAAAUGCUUACAUUGUUAACAUUAUAAAUCAUUUUCUCAUCUGUGAUAAAUCUAAAUAAGCAAGUUCAUACACACCUUUGAGUUUUCACCAGCAUUUUAUUCUUUAGAGAAUUUAGUCAAAAACUAAAACAGAUAUUUAGCAUGUUGAGUUACAUGUGCUUUAUUCAACAAUUGAGUGAAAACACUGAUGUAUUUGCAUAAAAAGUUAAAUGAUAGUAUUUGUCAUUUGUAUUUCAUUUCUUACUGCAUUAUACUUCCCAUUGUGCCUGAAUUUAUUGUCCUCUACAUAUAGUAAACAGAAAUGUGGGUAAUUACU